AAGUAUCAAAAAACACACACAAAACUCAAAUAGUUUACAAAAUAUUUGCUUUGUCCCUUGGACAGCUCUCUCAAAAGAUUUUGAAUUCUUUCUUUCUAAAACGCCUUCUCCCUCCUUCCUUUACAUACUUUUCGAGACCAAAAAUUAGUUUUGCGUUCAUACCCGCCUUCACAUCUCUUUCAAAUCAUCGGUCAUGGACGAAACAAUUGUGCGCUUCCAACCCCCGACUUUUGGGAACCUUAUUACAGUUUUGAGUAUUGAUGGAGGAGGAAUUCGAGGGAUUAUUCCAGGAACUAUACUUGAUUUUUUGGAGUCUGAACUUCAGAAAUUAGAUGGCGAAGAGGCAAGAAUUGCAGAUUACUUUGAUGUCAUCGCUGGGACAAGCACGGGAGGACUAGUGACAGCCAUGAUAUCUGCACCAAAUGACAAGAAUCGCCCAUUGUUUUCUGCCAGAGAUAUUAAACAAUUCUACCUUGAUCAUUGCCCGAAAAUCUUCCCCCAAAACAGGACAUGGGCAAUAGCAAAGAUGUUGAAAUUUUUGUCUGGUCCAAAAUACGACGGUAAAUAUCUCCACAAACUUGUGAAGGAAAAGCUUGGAGACACCAAAUUGCACCAAACGUUGACUAAUGUGGUGAUUCCCACGUUUGACAUUAAGCUCCUUCAACCCACCAUAUUUUCCAGCUACGAGGUGAAUAGUAAUCCAUCGUUGGAUGCUUAUUUGUCGGACAUUUGCAUAUCUACCUCAGCCGCUCCCACUUAUCUUCCGGCUCAUUACUUCAAAACCGACGGCGGCGCCGCCGGAAAAUUCAGGGAGUUUAACCUGAUCGACGGCGGCGUUGCUGCCAACAAUCCGACGUUGGUGGCAAUUGGAGAGGUGACGAAGGAGGUGAUAAGAGAAAAUCCAGACUUUUUCGCAAUAAAACCGAUGGACUACAAAAGGUUUCUGGUCAUAUCGCUGGGUACCGGAGCUCCGAAGGCGGAAAUGAAAUACACGUCGGAGCAUGCGGCGGAGUGGGGGAUGUUGGACUGGUUGACCAGCGGCGGCUCCACUCCCAUCAUUGACGUCUUCUCCCAAGCAAGCUCCGAUAUGGUGGAUCUCCACCUCUCUGUCGUUUUCCAAGCCCUCAACUCUCAACAAAACUACCUUCGUAUUCAGGAUGAUACGUUGAGCGAAGUGGUAUCUUCGGUGGAUGUGGCUACAAAGAAGAAUCUAGAUGAUCUUGUGAAGGUGGGAGAAGGGUUAUUGAAGAAGCCAGUUUCGAGGAUUAAUUUAGAGACGGGAAUCUUCGAGGCUUCUAAUUCAAAUUCUGAAACCAAUGAACAAGCCCUUAUAAGAUUCGCCAGGUUGCUGUCUGAAGAGAGGCGGCUCCGCGAUGCCAGGUCCCCUCAUGGACGAGCUGGAAGCUUGAAAUUACAAAGUGAAUCUCACGUCAAUGGAAUUUAAAUUGCCAUUUUUCAUAAUUAUUAUUUGUAAAUUUGUUUGUUGGUUUCAUAAUUAUUAAGGAUAAUUUUAUUUGUUUCAUAAGAUUUGUUCAUUCAAGAAAAUAAAAGAAUCCCGCUACGUCAACGUUGGAAUAAUAUCUUUGUGGGGUGGAGAAUUAAUAAAUAGAUACUAUUGAUUUUUGAAAUGAUAAUAAAUGUCUAUGUUGUAUUA